AUGACAGAGACAAAAAGUCUGGACGAGUUGUUCAAGGAUAGAUAUACAGAGAAAGAUGAACGCUAUAAGAAAAUGGCAGAGACUGGAUUCGAGAAAGUGAUAGUAGUACAUCCGUGGGACCCGAGGAGAAAUAACUUCAGAGGACGAGGUGGCAGUGGAUACAACAAUCAGAAUCGCGGCGGUUGGGUGCCACGUGGCGAAGGCGGUGGUGGCAGAGGACAGUAUGGAGGAUACCGCGGUGGAUGGCAAGAUCGUGGAGGACCAAGACAACCAUGGAGAGGUGGAGACCGGAAAAGAGAACAUUAUUAA